AUGGUGCGUCGUGAAAAGGACGCUCGCUUUGCGCGCGUGCACACGGAUCCGCGCUUUCAUCGACCGCGGAAGGACGACACAAAGGUGGUUCUGGAUGAAAGAUUCAAGGACGUGCUGACCAAGGGGCCGAAGCAGCUCGAUCGGUUCGGGCGCAAGCGGCAUGACACGCGGGAGGCGCAGGAUCUCGAGCGGCUGUACCGCCUCGACUCGGAUGCCGACUAUGCGCGUGGCGAAGUCGAGCUGGAGAGCAGCAGUGAGGAAGACGACGAUGACGAAGAGGAGGAAGAGGACGACGACGACGAAAGUGGAGACGUUGUGGUCGGUGGCGCGGACGCCGUGCGCAAGGCGCAAAGGCACGACGACGACUCGGAUGCAUCGAUCGAUUUGGAGGAAGAUUUCGACGAAGAGGCUAUCGCAGAGCUGGAUGCACAGGCGCACACGGAGCGCGACGAGGACGACGAGCGCGGCGAUGAUACGUGCCGUCUGGCGGUCGUCAAUAUGGACUGGGACCACGUCCGAGCCGUGGACCUCUUCAAGGUGUUUGCCAGUAUUGUGUCGCCCCAAGCGACACGGGCACCGCUGGCACAAGCUCAUGAUGACAACAUGGCCUUGGAGACCGUGCAUGGCCAAGUUCGCUCGGUGCGUAUCUACAUGUCUGAUUUCGGUCGGGAGCGACUUGAGCGCGAAGAUAUCCACGGCCCGCCACGAGCCAUCUUCCGCAAAGAGGCCAAGCGUCCCGCAGCUCAAGCCACCGAGGAGGGCACCGAGUUUGAUGAGGAUGCGCUGCGCAAGUACCAGCUGGAGCGUCUGCGAUACUACUACGCCAUUGCGACGUUUGACAGCCCGCAAAGCGCUCGGCACGUAUACAACGAGAUCGACGGCACGGAAAUGGAGCGCUCGGCGAACAUGUUUGACUUGCGCUUCGUGCCGGAGGAGAUGGACUUGCCCGAUGGCGAAGACGGGCGGCCUGCCGAGUACUGCGACGAGGCCACCGAAGACGUGGCGCACUACGAAGGCCUGGACUACAAGACAGAUGCGCUGCGUCAUUCGCGCGUCAAGUUGACGUGGGACCAGGACGAUCCACGCCGAACGAAGCUCACGCGCACGAGCCAGAAGGGCCAGCUCCAGGAAGACGAUCUCAAGACGUACCUGGCCUCGAGUGAUGAGGACGACGAGGAAGCGACGUCGAGUCGCGACCGCCUGCGCUCCCUACUCCACCAAAUGCCUACCAAGAGUGCCUUUGACGACGCAGACGACCAAGAUACCAUGUUUACGAAGCCCGAGGGCGAUAUGGAAAUCUCGUUCGUGCCGGCACUCUCCACGAAGAAGGACGAGGAGCACGAGGAAACGACGAUUGAAAAGUACAUGCGCAAGCAAAAGGAAAGGCGCGAACGUCGCAGGAUGGCUAAGAAGGAGUCGGAGCCGGAGGCGCCUGAGCCCGCGCCCGAGGAGCCCGCUGCAUCGGAAGAGCCUACGCCGGGCGACUCGGACGACGAGCACCACUUCCAACUGCAGGACAUUGUACGUGCCGAGAAGCUUGGGUCCAAGAAACUGUCGCGGCAGCAGCGCAAGCGCGAGGCCAAGCGGCAGGCCAAGCGCACGGCUCUGACGCAGCCAUCGUUCGUGAUGGACACGAAAGAUCCUCGCUUUGCGGCUGUGUUGGAUGACCAUCGCUUCGCGAUCGACCCGAGUCACCCUGGCUUUAUCAAAACGUCCGGUAUGCAGCAGCUCAUUCAAGAGGGCAACCGCCGACGCCACGAGCAAGCCGAGCAGGCACAGCCUGCCGCGCCCAAUGUGGCCGACCUCGUGACGCGUCUCAAGAACCAAUCGGCGCGGCCCCCGAAAAAAGCCCGUAGAUCAUAG